AUGAAACACGUCGAAGUUGAUGACCAGCUGGUCAGUGCUGCCACGCCAGCGCCAAUACUCGAGGAGGAUCUCAAGAAGAGCGAAAGGGAUCUUGAAGAGGGAUCAACAUCAGUCGAAUUCGAUGAUCCUCCUUCCGAUGACCCCAAUGUUGUUAAUUGGGACGGCCCUGACGACCCAGCCAACCCCCAGAACUGGUCAACGAAGAAGAAGACAAUCAAUGUCAUCCUCGUCUCAUCCGUUACAUUCGUCACGCCACUUGCGUCUUCCAUCUUUGCCCCAAGUAUCGAUCAAGUCAUGAGGGAGUUCCACUCGACAAACGAGCAACUGGCAUCGUUCAUCGUCUCAGUAUAUCUUCUUGGUUACUGCUUUGGCCCCCUAGUCAUCGCGCCUUUGUCCGAAAUGUACGGCCGACUCCCGCUGUACCACAUCUGCAAUGCUCUCUUCGUCGCCUUCACUGUGGCAUGCGCCAAGGCCCCUAACCUGGGGGGACUUAUUGCGUUCCGAUUCCUUGCUGGCCUUGCUGGAUCAUGCCCACUGACAAUCGGAGCCGGCUCGUUAGCUGAUAUGAUCUCCAAGGAGAAGCGUGGAGCUGCCAUGUCUUCGUGGGCUCUGGGACCCCUUUUUGGACCAGUAAUUGGACCGAUUGCUGGUGGAUAUCUUUCGGCAGCGAAGGGCUGGCGAUGGUCUUUCUGGGUUGUUGCUAUUGUUGCUGGUGCGAUCACGAUUGCUGCUUUCAUUUUUAUGAGGGAAACGUAUGCGUACGCUCUCCUUGAAAAGAAGGCCAAGAAGCUGCGCAAAGACACAGGGAACACUAAGCUUCGGUCAAUCCUUGACAAUGGCACGACCACGAAGGAAGUCUUCCGUCUGGCUAUCACGAGACCUACCAAGAUGCUUCUCUUCGCGCCGAUCGUGUCGCUUCUAUCAUUUUAUAUGGCUCUGGUGUACGGGUAUCUAUACCUCCUCUUUACAGCCAUGCCAACACUCUUUGAGGGAGAAUAUCAUUUCUCGAGCGGAUCAGUUGGUCUGUCGUAUAUUGGUCUCGGAGUUGGCUCUCUGACAGGCCUUGCCAUUUCUGGAGCAUCAAUAGACCGCUUCGCUCAGUACCUCACUCGCAAGAAUGGUGGAGAGCCCAAACCAGAGUAUCGACUUCCGUUCAUGGGGGGAGCCUGCUUUAUCGUUCCGGCUGGAUUGUUUAUGUUUGGGUGGUCUGCUGAGAAUAAAGACCAUUGGAUUGUGCCCAUCAUUGGUACUUCAUUCUUGGGAUGUGGCAUGAUUAUCGUAUUUAUGUGCAUCUCAGUCUACCUGGUCGAUGCCUACGUUCAGUAUGCUGCGUCUGCAAUUGCUGCAAGUACUGUACUCCGUUCGCUGGUUGGAGCAUUAUUACCUCUUGCAGGACGAAGUAUGUACAAGAGCCUAGGUUAUGGAUGGGGAACCUCAUUGCUGGGCUUCAUUGCAGCUGCAGCAAUCCCAUUGCCGUUUAUCUUUUACAAGUACGGCGAAAGGAUUCGAAGAAAGAACUUGUUUGACGUCAAGUUCUAG